GCUGAGGGACUGGCGCUGUAAUGGACACUUCAGGACGUUCAGCACUCUUUCAUUCACAUGUCUGUAUCAGUAGGCUGGAGCGGUAAUCCUCUUAAAUUCCGGUCGACAGAGGCGGAGCAAAUCGCCUAUUGCGUAUUCGGUUCUCUCCGGUUAUUUAGAGUGUGGGGCAAUGCGGAGUGUGCGUGGUUGACAGACUUUACUGUGUAAGUGUAAUGAUUUUUUCGGGGGAAACUGUGUAGGCAGUGUGUCCGCAAACCGAGCAGAUGCUGCUCCGGCCAUGACUCGUCCCAGGAAUCACACCUUUCAAGCGGCGUUGAUAUUUAUAUCGGUCGCACAGCUUACCACAGCUCUCAAGUGUGUGUGCCGGCUGUGUGAAAACAACACCUGUGAGACCAGCGCGGACGGAGCGUGCUGGAACUCUGUGAUGCUGAUCGACGGCAAGGAGGAGACGGACAAGUCCUGUCUGUCUGCUGAGAAGAAAAACCAGGUGUACUGCUACAGCUCCCGGAACGUGUCCAAGAGGAACUGCUGCUUCACUGACUUCUGCAACAACGAGAACCUGCACCUGUAUCAAGAGAGGCCUUCGGAGGUGCCUGGCUGGGGCAAGCUGGAGCUGGCGGCAGCCAUCUUGGUGCCGUCGUGCCUGCUGUGUGUGGGUGCCAUGCUGGGUGUGUGUGUGCUGCAGGGCCCGCGCUGCGCCUACCGCCGGGCACACAAGCAGGGUGCAGAGGAGGACCUGGAGGACACACUCAUGGCUCCUGACAAGUGUCUCAAAGAGCUCAUCUAUGACAUGAGUUCCUCCGGCUCCGGAUCAGGCCUCCCGCUCCUGGUUCAGAGGACCAUCGCCCGCACCAUCGUGCUGCAGGAGACCAUCGGGAAGGGCCGCUUCGGAGAGGUGUGGCGUGGGAAGUGGCGAGGAGAGGACGUUGCGGUGAAGAUCUUCUCCUCCAGAGACGAGAGGUCUUGGUUCCGCGAGGCGGAGAUCUACCAGACCAUAAUGCUCCGUCACGAGAACAUCCUUGGCUUCAUCGCCGCCGACAACAAAGAUAACGGCUCCUGGACCCAGCUGUGGCUCGUGUCUGAAUACCACGAACCUGGCUCACUGUUUGACUACCUGAACAGGUACACUGUCUCCGUGCAGGACAUGAUGCUGCUGGCUCUGUCCAUUGCCAGUGGACUGGCUCACCUCCACAUGGAGAUCAUUGGCACCCAGGGGAAGCCUGCCAUUGCACACAGGGACAUCAAGUCCAAGAACAUUCUGGUGAAGAAGAACGGGACAGCCGUCAUUGCAGACCUGGGCCUGGCUGUCAAGCACGACUCCACCACCAACACCAUCGACAUCCCGUCCAAUCACAGAGUGGGGACCAAGAGGUACAUGUCCCCAGAGAUCCUGGACGACUCCAUCAAUAUGAACAGUUUUGAGUCGUUCAAGCGGGCGGAUAUCUACGCCUUGGGCCUGGUGUUCUGGGAACUCUCCAGGAGGUGCUCUGUCAGGGGAAUUCAUGAAGAUUUCCAGUUGCCUUACUAUGACUUAGUGCCUUCAGACCCAUCUGUGGACGACAUGAGAAGGGUGGUGUGUGACCAGAAGCAGCGGCCAAGCAUCCCCAACCAGUGGCAGAGCUGUGAGGCUCUGAGGGUGAUGGGGAAGGUGAUGAGGGAGUGCUGGUACGCCAGCGCGGCUGCUCGGCUCACGGCACUGCGCGUCAAGAAGACGGUGGCCCAGGUGAACGUCAUGAAGGACAUCAAAGAUUAGCCACCUGGACGCAUGCUGGCACCGGCACCAACUCACCCGGACUGUCUGGAGAAGAAAAGAACUCUGGUCAUCCAGGGCAACCGCGUGGUGUCCAUGCCAUCAACAGGAAGCAGCAAUGAGCAUGCUCAGCUAAGGAUGCCAGAGGAUUGUGGGAGGAGUCUCUUCACACCUUACAGGAAGUGACAGAACUUAAUUGGCCAAACCACAGGAAGUAGGAAGGAAUUAAGCUGUGACCUGUCAGGAGAUGGAUGAGAAACACAAUGUACAGAUUUCUUUGCUACCUCACACAUGUUUUAAGUGCCCAAAGCUUGAAGUUGCACAUUUAACUGCUUUGUGCCAUAUACUGUAUUUAUCAAUAUUGUGCUAGGCUGACUGUGAAUGUUACUGAGUAACUUCUUACCUGAUUGUACAGGACACAUGUGUGAACAGUUGACUGUUACACUGGUUCACCUAUCGCCCAUCUACCAGAGGAUAAGUCAGAAUGCCUGAUGACAAAACUACACAUUAGUAUUAGAAACACAACCACAUCCAUUUCUAAAAGUCAGUGUUAAACAACAUUCAAAUGUGCUAAACAGCCAGUGCUACUAUAUGUAAGAGAGAUUGAUAGACAAGAAAACAGAAAGAUAGGAUUUACAAAAUGAUAUAAUGAUUCUAUAUGAAUAUCAUGAUAUAUCCAAAGCCUUUAAUUUAAUGCUGCACUUUUUUGUAGACUGACUAUAAAAAUGCCUAUGUGAAAACAUAUCUUAAAAAAAUAAUAUUUGUAUACUGCAGAUACAAAUUGCUGCUGUAAGAUUCUCAAAGCGGUGCACUCUUUCUUCAAGGUGCACUUGUAAAGCUGUAUAUAACUAUACAUAGCUGACAACAAUUCAAUAUUUCAAUACAGAAUUACUCAAAACAUAAUGCUGCUGUGCUUUCUUUGCUUAUGGAUCCAAUUUGUUUAAUUUGUAGGAGUCUACAAAAUAGGGAUUUUAUGUUGUGAGGACAGAUUUGAGUUUUGAGCACAACGGGUGAACUUGUGAACACUAUUACUGGUGUGGGACACCACUUGUGAACAAUCAACAAACCAAAGGGUUGAUAGCGCCACUUAACCCUAAUAAGUGUGCGUGUUUUUUAUGAGGACCAGAUUCUCCUUGAAUGUUUACUUUGAUAUCAUUGCAAAUGCUGAUGAGCUGUGUAAAAUCACCAUAGUGCGCAUUUGCAUUUUUUACUCCAUGGAUCAUGAAGUUAAGGAGAGGGAGUAGGCUACCAUGAUAGGUGGCAGUACAUUAAUUAGCAUGAUCGAAGUCGGAUCACUAGUUGUUAAAAUGAUUACAUAAUUAUAAUGAGCUACUGUACUGCUAUACUAUCAGAUAUACUAUACUAGCUGGUCUGAUAUCUGCACAUGUCUGUCAUUUUAUGUUGCUGUUUCGUAUAUAAGAACAAUUAUUGUUUCACUUCGUGUUUUAUUGUACUAAUUAUGUGAGAAUGCAGUAUUGCAGUUUGAAACGCUUUGCCUGUAUCAAGUGGACACGUUAGCGUUUACAUAAAGUUGGUAAAAUUGCAAAGUUAAGCUUUUGAUGUCACGAGGCCUAUAUGUUUGAGUCAGUUUUCUCAAAAAACAAAAAAAAAAAUAGAAAAGCUGUACACUUUGAGAAAUGUGAGACAGUUGUACUGUUAGAGAUAGCGUGUAGUUUGACUUAUAAAACCAUCAGUCAUUCCAAAGAUAUUAAUUUCAAUUCUUACUGGGGUUAAUUGUUUUUGAUAUUGUGUCUGACACAAAAAAUGUUGCCUGCCCUGGUAAGAUCAUGUGACUUUUAUAAAGAAGAUUAUUGUUGGAUUUUACAUCCUCUUGUGAGUUAGCAUAAUAUUUUGUUUUGACAAAGGUAACCACUGUACAUUGUGUUAUGAAGUAUAUGGUUUUCGUCUAGCCUAAUGUUUCAUUACGAUGGCUUUCAUUCAUGCACUAUUUAAUAGUCAAUGUGUGACAUCAGUGAGUCAAUAAAAUAUUUUUCAUGUUUCA